AUGUCAUCGUGGAACCCCGGGCCAGACCAGGUCAGUCCAGAGAGCUCGGGGGAAGGAGCUGUGGAUAGUUCUAACAACACACUCCAUACACCAGGUCCUAGUACAGCGGCAGGCAUUUCGGGUGCUUUAUUUGAGGAAUUAAUAAAGCUGUACUUCGAUAAGGUCCAUUGUUUCGUCCCAAUACUUCACCGGCCAAGGUUCUACGAGCAGUACUUUUCUGGUAACUCGUCGAUACAUGAUGAUGAUGCCGCAAGACUGUUGCGAGACUCACUUCUCGUGAAUGCGAUGCUCGCCCUGGCGGCAAGAUUCUCAUCAGCACCCCAUUUUAACCAAAAGCCGAACGUGGUUAAGGGCGAAGAGUUCGCUGAAUCUGCAAAGGACAUGUACUACUGCUGCCUCCGAGCGGCUCAGAAGAACACCCUAGAGUUUCUGCAGGGCUGCACACUGUUAGCAUUUCAGCUUUAUUUGCACGGCCCCACUACCGAAGGAUGGAUGGUCAUCGGCACUUGCACCCGGCUCGCGAAUGAGCUGGGUCUACAUGCUAUCGACUUCCAAAGUGAGAGCGAUGUUUUCAGUCCAGUCUCAUUGGAAUGGAGCAAGAAAGAGGGGUUACGCCGUGUCUGGUGGUCUGUCUGGGAGCUGGACACGUUCUCAGCCGCGGUCGCCUGCCGUCCACAAACGAUAGAUAGGAUGACUAUGCAAGUCAAGCUUCCCGUCUCUGACAAGAACUGGUUUGCAGACAUGUUCAUGGAGUCGUCCAUAAUCAAUCCCGACCCUGUCCACUCUUGGCACACCCUAAGGGAUUGUCCAAACCAGGACGAGAGGGCAUGGUUCCUACUCAUCAAUUAUUUCUUGCUCACCGCGCAUGACCUGGGCCAGCAGCAAAACUUGCAACGCAAGGAGACUCAAGAGAUUGAAAAAGUUAUAUCUUGCUAUACUCUUCUCCUCCCUCCCCAAUUCAACUUAUUGGAGGACUUGAAUCCCUCAUCGUUCAGGCCAAAUCGCGUUUCUAACUUUAAUUGGAUCAUCGUCACCAACAUCAUGCUACAAGGUUGUCGGGUCUUUGUCAAACUUCUUCACGACGAUGCUUCAACUCCCAGAUUCUGGAGCUCAUCGAGAAACUUAUUGACCCCACUGGCCGCAGAGUCGCAGUUCCGUGCCCCGGAGGCUAGAUACCACAUCUGCACGGAUCAGAUUAUUCGCAUUAUUCGAAUGUGGCCGCCCGAGUUCAUCCCUUACGCCUCUCCUUUCAUCGGCUGUCUUGUACUUGGACCAGCAGCAUUGCACUUGCGGGUCGCAAUGGGACACAGACAGGCAGCGGGGGAUAGAUCCGACGCAGCAAGUUUGGAGGAGGAACUUCUGAAGCUCGCCUUAUCACACAUAGCGAUGUAUUGCAGGUUUGGCGCCUUUUUAUUAGACUUCGCCAAUUCAAUCACUACAGCAAAACAGUUAGAAUAA